AUGGAAAAAGCCUUGAUUCCCAAAGUCAGGAGUAGCAUCGAUUUUACGAAAAGAAAUCAUAAAGAACGCUUAACUUUAAAAGAAAGACUUGAAAUGCCAGAUCAAAUCAGACUGGCUACCGCUCAAGAGCCAUAUCUUGAGAGUCCGACUGGUCUUGAUAAUUUAAUGGGAGGCUUAAUGCGAAAUUCCGAGAAAGUCAAUGCUAAAAGUGUAAAAUAAUGUUUCAAACAAUAAUUCGAACAAACACCUGACACAUCUUGGUGAUGAUCCAUCGAUCUGUAGCUUAUUGCUUGACUCAAACAGAGAUACUGAUCUUGAUACCAAUAAGCUUAGAUCAAACCUUAAAAAGCACCUAUACGAACGUGAAAACAAGCUGGUCAAAUCUCAAAAUCAAAAUAUUCAAGUUUUAAAUGAUUCAAAUGAUCAAAAUGGUUUCCAAAUGUCUGUUGCCAAAGAAGAGCAAGAAUUUUCUCUCAGCAAAAAGCAUUAUAAGACCAGACAACAAUUACAAGAGUUUCGUGAAAAGUUUAUAAAAGAUAGAUACAAAGAUGAAGAAAGCUCCUGCACAGAUUUUUCAGCAGAGAAACCACCUGAACGGCCUCACAAGGAAACUCUUGAUGAGGAACCCACUUUUGGAGAAAUCCAAGGCUGAAAUACACUAGAUUUAGAUCAAAAAGAAAAUAAACUAGCAGAUACACCUUGUGUCCCAACUCAAAUUGAUAUUCUAAGAGGUCCUCUCGCAGAACGAUAUGAAGACAACAUUCUUAACAUUAAGCAUACACCUAAAAAUAACAAAAGCAUCGGCCAUGCUUCCCAAAAGUCCAAAAAUAAUGAAGACUUUGACAAUUUGCAAAAAUCUGAAGAGAAAAGAAAAGAGGAUAGAAUCCAAGUUAAAUAUCUGAGUGAAGAAAGGAACCCUAGCAAUACUCAUAAUUUCCGAAACACUUUGACUCAAUUUGCCCAAUCAAAUUAUGAAGCUCAAACUAUACAAGUUUCGAAUCCUUUUGAUAAAAACUGUACAUCAAAAUUGAACAAGUCGCUAGAGAAUCUGAGAAAAUUUAAUACAAAUUAUAGCAAUGCUCCAAACUCUAUUUACUCAACUAUUAAAAGGAGUGUGAGGAAGAAAGAAUUUUAGCUCAGACCCAAUACACAAAUCAAUUGAAAGACCUACUUUGAAUGAGCAGACUCAUCUCUAUCAGUUGAAACAGAGCUCUAAUCAUGAACCAAGACCAGGAUUAGGCAUUAGAAUGGCCUCUGAUUAUAAUUUUACUGAUUUUCAGACAAAAACAGGACCUCAGAACAACCUCCCCAGCAGAAAGGCAAGCGAGUAUUAUAAAAGGCAGUAUACAAGCUUAGAUAAAAUAGCCAAAAAUCGUAAUAAUGAUUAUAAAGGGACCAUAGAUCCCUAUCCAAGAAUCAAAGUCCAGCAAACUGCUACUCAAAAACCCCUAUAUGAUACAGAAACAUCUCAAGAACUUGAGUUGGACAUUGGAGGAGCUGCUCAGAUAUGGAAAGACUUGAAAUCCUCUCCUAAUCCCUUAAUGACCCAAAAAGACACCAAUCAAGCCCAAUGCCAAAGAUGAGCCACCCUUGAAGAUAAGGUCCGAGCCCUCACUCUCCAACUUCAGGAUGCUACUAUCCCCCCUUCUAAAGCCCAUAACGGUGAAAAUUCCCCCAAAAGCCCAAAACUACCCAAAAUCCACUUUGAAAAACAACUAGAAAAGCUUCAAGAAAAGUACGAGCUCGAACUCACGAAGAAAACCAUAAAUUUCAACACAAAAAUGGAACUAAAAGACCAAGAAUGGAGCCAAAUCCUACUACAAACUAAACAAAAAUGAGAAAAUAAAGUUAAAGAGAUCUUAGAUUAUUGAAGUCAGCAGAAUAAACUUGUACAUACCAGAAUGCCAAGAGAGCUCCUCUCUCCAGGAACAAGGGAGAACUCUGAGAGAAACGCAAGGUUUAGAGAAGAGCUUUUAGAGGAAAUAGCUGACCUGAAGGAAGCUAAAAAGGACCUUAUUGGGGAAAAUCACUUACUUAAGUCUAAAAUUUCCCGACUUGAACAAAAAGUCCUGUCUUACAAGCAGCAGAGGAUUAGUAAGAAUUAUGAUGAAGAGCCUACAAGCAUGAUAUUUAGCAACACUUUGAAUUUUGCAGUGAAGAAAAAGCCCAAAAGCAUGGAGAAGCAUUGAAAAACUGUCCUUGAAAAAUAUGACAUGGUUCGAAAAGAGAAGCAAGAAAAGCAGUUGCUUCAUAAUAAGCGAAGGAUAAAAGAAAUCAUGCUUGAGUCUGAUAACUCCUUUAGUUAUUGCAAUCCUCCUCAGUAUACAGAAGAGUCUGAGGAAGAGGAUAGACCUCAAGAAAACCCUGGUCCAGACAGUCAACUUUAUGAAAGAAUCAGAAAGCUAGAAGAAAUCAUUCUCAAAAAGAAAAAGCAAAAGUAUUAAGGCUUCAAUAUUCACUCUGAAUAAU